UUGCUACACAAAAAAUAGUUUGACACAUAAAAGUUUACAAAAAUAUAAAACGGUAAUCCAUAAAACUACAUACACGAGUGAAAAUAAAAUACUGAUCAUUUUUAAAUUUAAGGUUAUACAUUUUGCAUUCAAAACAAAUAGCCCCAAUCCACACGUGUUUUACAAGAAAUGGUUGUUUUUACAUGCAGUCAUUGUGGGGAGUCUGUUCAGAAGCCCAAAGUGGAAAAGCAUUAUCUCACUAAAUGUAGGAAUAAAAACCCAAAUUUGUCAUGUAUGGACUGUUUCAAAGAUUUUCUAGGAAAAGAUUAUGAAUCGCAUAUCAAGUGCAUUACUGAAGAAGAAAGAUACUCUGGAAAAGGUUUCACAGCUAAGGAGAAAAAGGGUGAGAAAAAACAAAAUGCUUGGGUCGAGAUGUUGCAGUCAGUUUUAGAUGAGCAAAAAAGUGCACCUCAAAAUGUACGUAGAAUUAUUGAGACAAUAAGCAAGCAUAACAAUACACCACGAAAGAAGCCUAAGUUUAUUAAUUUUGUCAAAAAUGUCUGUGGACAUAAAACUAAUCCAAAAGACAUUGACCAAGCUUGGGAAUUUAUUUCUGUAAAGCUUACAGAUUUAUCAAACGUAACUCAGAAUCAAAAUAAAGGCAAUAUUACAAAUGGUGAAGCUAAUAAAGAAAAUGGGGAACAGAAUAAAGAAAAUGGGGAACAGAAUAAAGAAAAUGGUGAACAGAAUAAAGAAAAUGAUGAGCAGAAUAAAGAAAAUAACUCUCAGAAUGAUGAUGCUGAUGUAAAAAAUUUUGAAAAUCCUAAUGGUAAUGAUGUCGGUGAUCUAAAAAAGCUGUCCAAAAAACAACGCAAAGAAGAGAAGAAACGUCAGAAGUAUGAAGCAGAAUUGCAUAGUGCUGAAGCUCCCCCAGUUGAGGAUGAGAUUGAAAAUGAAGGAAAAAAAGGUAAGAAAAAGAAGAACAGGACUGAAUCACAGAAUGGUGACACAGUAGAGGCAACUGAGACUAAAAAGCAGAAGAAACGUAAACGUCAAGAUACAGUUAAUAGUUUGAAUGGAGUGCCGGCUGUUGAAGUUGUCGCUGAUAACAUUGAAACUAAAGUGCCAGCAGAAAAAACCAAAAAGAAGAAGAAGAAGGAUGAGGAAGCAAAAGAAGAUGCAAGUUUGUGUCUCCACGAUCAGAAUGUUGCCAGAAUCGAAGAGGUUAAUGCUGAGAACAAUGGCAAAUUUAACUGGCACGCAGUUAUUAUGUCAGUUUUGCAGAAGAAAGAUAAUGAAGUCCCAUUUAAAAGGCUUCAGAAGAAAGUAUUAGCUGAAUAUAGUGAAGCUACUGGCCAAGAGAUUGAUGAUAGAAUUGCUGAUAAAUUUAUAAAAAAACUGAAGAGUGCUCCUAAUGUGAGGGUUGACAAAAAUAGGGUAUUGCUCAUUGAAUGAAUUUUUAUAUGGAUUUGAAACAUGAAAGAAAAUUUUACAAUUUCUAAAGACCUGUU